GUGAUAUUUGUUGGGUUUUGGUCUAAGUGGAACACCUAAGACAAUCUCUGAUUCAUAGCGAAGUUGUGGGGCCAUCUCUUGCUUAAACCCUAAAAUCACCCUUCACACCCUCACAGCCCCGUGAUGUUACAAAGAGGCAAACCCUAACUUAGUUCAGGGUUCUCUAAAGCUAGGGUACAAUGAGAUUGGAGAAGUGUUGGUUUUGCUCAUCUACUAUUUACCCUGGUCAUGGUAUCCAGUUUGUCCGAAAUGAUGCCAAGAUUUUUCGAUUUUGUAGAUCCAAAUGCCAUAAGAACUUUAAAAUGAAGAGAAACCCACGCAAAGUAAAAUGGACCAAGGCCUACAGGCGUUUGCAUGGAAAGGACAUGACACAGGAUUCAACCUUUGAAUUUGAGAGAAAGAGGAAUAGACCUGAGAGAUAUGAUAGGAAUCUUGCUGAGAAUACUCUGAAGGCUAUUAAGAAGAUUGAUAAAGUCAGAUCUAACAGGGAAGCCAAACACAUUGAAAAGAGGAUGAAGGUGAAGAAAGGUAAGGAGCAGAGAGAGGCAGCGAAGGAAUUGGAGCAGAGUAUCCACUUGGUUAAACCUCCUUCAGUUCUUGCUGAAGAUCCAUCUCUCACAUUGCCCAAGAUCAAGGUCACUGUCUCCAAACAUCAAACAGAGGAAAACCAUGCAAUGGAGGAGUGAUUUUUUUUUUUUUACUGGUUUAUAUUAUAUGUGCCUUUCUCUUUUGUUCUUUUUCUUUUCAUUUCUUUGUUGGAAGAGAGGGAGUUUGUGUAAGAGGUGUUUCAGCACUUGUAAUUGCAGGGGUGUCAAUCCUGUAAUGGCAGGGGACUAUGACAUUUUCUUGCCUUUUGUGGCAGAGAUGAUACUGUUUUUGAUAAUUUUACAAUUAUUAUAAUUAAAUUAGAUAAUGGAACUGGUUAACAUACAGCGUUAGUUUUCAA